AGCGCGCCGGCCCUCGACAUCCGCGUCGGCACGGUCGUCAAGUGCUGGGAGCACCCCGAGGCCGAGAAGCUCUACUGCGAGGAGAUCGACAUCGGCGAGGAGGCCGGCCCGCGGACGAUCGCGUCCGGCCUCCGGCCCUUCUACGCGAGCGCGGACGACAUCCGGGGCCGCAAGGUCCUCAUCUUCGCCAACCUCAAGGCGCGGACCAUGCAGGGCUUCAAGUCCUGCGGCAUGGUCCUCUGCGCGUCGAACGCGGACCACACGGUCGUCAAGCUCCUCGAGGUGCCCCCGGGCGCGAAGAACGGCGACCGCGUCGCCUUCGGCGACCUCCCCGUGGUGCCGCCCGCGGCGCCGUCGGCCGUCCAGAAGAAGAAGCUCCUCGAGAAGGUCAUCGGCUUCCUCAAGACCGACGGCGACGGCGUCGCGACGGUCCUCGGCAAGAAGUUCGCGCUCGCCGCGGGGCCCGUCACCGCGCCGGGCAUGCCCGACGCCGCCAUCUCC